AUGAUAUCCGAAUUCGGGUUAAAUACCGAGCAAGCGCGUGCAUUUAGCUUGAUAGCGAGUCAUUCUUUGGGAGAAAAUUGUGAACCACUUCGUAUGUAUCUAGGAGGUCCGGGAGGAACAGGGAAGUCGCGCGUCAUCGCUGCCGUCACAGAAUUUUUCAGUCGACGUGGGCAGGAGAAGCGUUUACGAUUAACUUCGUUUAUGGGAGUUGCUGCUCGCAACAUCGCUGGCAUGACGUUGCACUCUGCGUUAAAUCUCAAUCAACAUAGA